CCGAGACCUCCCUUUGAAAGUUACCCCGUAACGAUCAUGGAGAACCUAUACGACCGCCUUGGCGUCUCGCGGGACGCCACUGCUACUGAGAUCAAGAAGUCUUUCCGACAGCUGGCGCUGCGGCACCACCCAGACAAGGGUGGUGAUGUGGAGCUAUUCAAGAACAUCAACAUUGCAUGGGAGGUGCUGGGAGACGAUGACAAGCGCAGCGACUACGACAAGAAGCUCAUACGUCUGCGGUCCAUGGACGGGCUGAGGAGCGGCAGACGCGAUUACAAUGGUGGUGACUCGCAAACCGGCGUGCGGCUUGUGCGACGGGCAACGACCUUCGAACAUGGAAAGGAAGCGCCUCAGCGGACCGAUGCGGGUGCCGCAAAAGACGCCCAGGAACCGAAGCAAGGAGCGAAUCUCUUCACUCGCCGGGCUUCUGAUGCAAACGCCAAGACAGCGUCCACAAACGGAGACGGCACGUCACAGAAGAAGGCCCCGGGCGCUUUCGAGAUUCCUUCUGACCCAAGCAGCCUCACCGUGAAGGAACUGAAAGACCUGCUUUCGCACCUGGGCAUCAUUCACGAUGACUGCAUUGAGAGAGGGGAUUUGCUGGAGAGGCUGCGGAGCAGGAGGGAUUUCGCCGCAUCGAAGCGUCCUGCUGCACCAAAAAUGCCGGAGACAUCUCCUCAAUCCUAUUCCUCCAAAGCCGGGCGGCCGCUACGCAUAAAGGUGAUAUCAUUGGGAGCAGAGGAGACGGGGAAGAGCUGUCUUAUCAAGCGCUUCUGCGAGGGACGCUUUGUCAAUCGGUACAUCUCAACAUACGGCAUCGAUUACGGCGUCAAAGAGGUGCAGAUCGGGUCGCACAACAUCAAGAUCAACUUUUGGGACCUGUCGGGCCACGACGAUUUCUACGACAUCCGGAACGAGUUCUUCGAUCACGUGCAGGGGGUCCUGUUGGUGUUUGAUGUGACGAAUCGGCAGUCUUUCGAGCGGCUCAACGGAUGGCUGCAGGAGGCCAAGAGACACAGCCUGCAGCUGUCCAGAGCAUCUUCCUCCCGCGGGCCCCCCUUUGUGGUGCUGAUCGGCAACAAAGUGGACAGGGGUGGGAGGGUGGUGGCGCAGAGCGAGGGGGCGGGAUUCGCGGCUUCUCAUGGGAUGGAUUACUACGAGACAUCGGCCAACACGGGCUACAACGUGCAGGAGGCCCUGAUGGCGCUGUUCAAGAAGGCGGUUGACCAGCUGCUCUCCCAAAGACACAGGUUCGGCAUUGCCAAUGUGUGAUGCACAUCCCAUGUGAUGCACAUCCCGAGGGACUUUUGUCCGGUGAAAAUGAUUGACCGAUGCAUGCAUCACUUGAUCUGGUGGUGAGCAUGUGGUGCAUGGUUAACCACUGGACGCUUCUUGUACGUCGAGCCGACGAAACACACAGCACACUUGCUCAGCCCUGCUCUCUGCCUCUUUCGCUGUGAAUGUACCCGACUGUGCGUCUCGCGUGUGUUGGAGUGGC